CGCGGGACCCCCAUCAGGCAAGCGCGUCGGCGAUUGAGGGUCAAUCUCGCCGUCUCCACAACUUUUUUCUAGCGCGCCUGGUCUCGAAAAGUUCGCGACGGCUGCUGUGGCUCCGCACACACGACCAGCACAUUCACCAUGGGCGCGCAGGAAAUCGAGGCCAAGAAGCGCAAGCGCAAGCACAGCAGCAAGAAGACGGAGGAUGCAGCUGCACCGAAAAGACACGGCAACGGCGUAGAGAAGGCUGGCAAGCCCCGCAAGAAGGCCAAGAAGGAGCACACGCCCGAGCCCGAGGAGGACGAUGCUGUCGCCGAGGGUUCGGAGGAGGAGCACGAGGAGGAGCACGAGGACGAGCACGAGGACGAGCACGAGGACGAGCACGAGGAGCAGGAAGAGGGAGGCGAGGACGAGCAGGUCGAGGCGCAGCUCAACGCCGAGCUGAAGCAGAUUGCGAAACGGGCGAAGAAGAGCAAGCAGGCGGAUUCCGACGCGGAGGCUGGCGAGGAGCAGAAACAGAGCGCGAACCCGAACGACCUGCCGCUGGGCACCUCGAUGCCGACUGUCGAGGACCCCAAGCUGUUUUCGGAGCUCAACCUGUCGGACCGCACAAUGGAGGCCAUCACGGCCAUGGGCUUCGAGAGCAUGACCGAGAUCCAGCAAAAGACCAUCCCGCCGCUGCUGAGCGGCAAGGACGUCCUCGGAGCCGCGAAGACGGGCAGCGGAAAGACGCUCGCCUUCCUCAUCCCCGCCAUCGAGAUGCUCUCGGCGAUGCGGUUCAAGCCGCGCAACGGCACCGGUGUCAUUGUGGUGUCGCCGACGCGCGAGCUCGCGCUGCAGAUCUUCGGCGUGGCGCGCGAGCUCAUGGAGAAGCACUCGCAGACGUUUGGCAUCGUCAUCGGCGGCGCCAACAGGCGGGCAGAGGCGGAGAAGCUCGUCAAGGGCGUCAACCUGCUCAUCGCAACGCCCGGACGGCUGCUCGACCACCUGCACAACACACCCGGGUUUGUCUUCAAGAACCUCAAGAGCUUGAUCAUCGACGAGGCCGACCGCAUCCUCGAGGUCGGAUUCGAGGACGAGAUGCGCAGCAUCAUCAAGAUCCUGCCCUCGGACCGCCAGACAAUGCUCUUCUCGGCGACGCAGACAACAAAGGUCGAGGACCUCGCGCGCAUCUCGCUGAAGCCCGGCCCGCUCUACAUCAACGUCGACUACCGCAAGGAGCACUCGACGGUCGAGGGGCUGGAGCAGGGGUACGUCAUCUGCGACUCGGACACGCGGUUCCGACUGCUCUUCAGCUUCCUCAAGAAGCACCAGAAGAAGAAGGUCAUUGUCUUCUUCAGCUCGUGCAACAGCGUCAAGUUCUACGCGGAGCUGCUCAACUACAUCGACCUGCCCGUGCUGGAGCUGCACGGCAAGCUCAAGCAGCAGGCGCGCACGAACCGGUUCUUCGAGUUCUGCAACGCGUCGUCGGGCACGCUCAUCUGCACGGACGUGGCGGCGCGCGGGCUCGACAUCCCGGAGGUCGACUGGGUGAUCCAGUUCGACCCGCCCGACGAUCCCAGGGACUACAUCCACCGGGUGGGCCGAACGGCGCGCGGCAGCCAGGGCAAAGGGCGCAGUCUGAUGUUCCUGCUGCCGAGCGAGGUUGGGUUCCUGAAGCUGCUCAAGGAGGCGCGGGUGCCGCUGGUCGAGUUUGAGCUGCCGGCGAACAAGAUACUGAACAUCCAGUCGCAGCUCGAAGCCCUGAUGGCGAAGAACUACUACCUCAACAAGUCCGCAAAGGACGGGUACAGGAGCUACCUCCAAGCCUACGCGUCGCACUCGCUGCGCAGCGUGUUUGACGUGCACAAGCUGGAUCUCGUCAAGGUGGCAAGGAGCUUCGGGUUCGCGACGCCGCCGCGCAUCGACAUUAGUCUCGGGGCGGGAAUGGGGCGCGAUAAGAAGGUCGAGGGCCGCAGGGCGUACGGGAGUCAGCCGCAGCAGGGGAGGAGGCCGAUGAAGCCUGGGCGCAGGUUUUAGGUGGAGCGGGGGGAUGCAUUCAGGGCGUUGAGGUGUUGGGGGUCGAUAGCCUGGGUGUGUAUUUUGCAGGUUAAUGUUGAAAAGAGUGACAGCCUGGAUGUGUCUUGCACGUUGAUGUUGAAAAGAGUGACAGCCUGGUGUGUCUUGCAUGUUAACGUUGAAUAGAGCGACAGCCUAGGUGUGUCUUGCAAGUUAAUGUUGAAAAGAGCGACAGCCUGGGUGUGUCUUGCAUGUUAAUGUUGAAAAGAG